UUCCAUUUCCGCUUCCUGGCUGCCUCGCCGUGCUUCCUGUGGCUGCGAGAGUGUGGUCCGGCCAUAUUGUCUCUGAUACAGCAGAAAUAUCAUCUUUGGCGAUUCCGGCGAGAGGGAGAGGACUCGCAGCCCCCGCUGGAGCGAAGUGCCGCGGAGAAAUUAAAGCAGAGGUCAGUGUUGGCACCCUCUCCCCUGAGCUGCAGAAGACGAUCAGGGGGUUGUUGGGCAUUGCAAACCUGGCUUUCGUGAUUCCCCCUCUUUGCGGAGCUGUACCAAAGAGCCGACCGCCCCGCCCCCUCCUCGGCCAGGCCCCGCCCACCCCUCCCGGCGUGCCACAGACGGACAGCGACCGAGCUGAGCUCCGCCCACUACGGCUCCGCCCCCGCGCCCCGCCUCCUCCGCCAAGCUGUCGGACAUGUCGGGACCUGUACCGAGUAGGGCCAGAGUGUACACAGAUGUCAACACACACCGGCCGCGCGAGUACUGGGACUACGAGUCCCAUGUGGUGGAGUGGGGUAACCAAGACGACUACCAGUUAGUACGGAAGUUAGGCAGAGGCAAAUACAGCGAAGUCUUUGAAGCAAUCAACAUCACAAAUAAUGAAAAAGUAGUUGUGAAAAUACUGAAGCCAGUAAAGAAGAAGAAAAUUAAGCGCGAGAUUAAGAUUCUGGAGAAUCUGCGAGGAGGCCCCAAUAUAAUCACUCUCCUAGACAUCGUCAAAGACCCUGUGUCAAGGACACCUGCUUUGGUGUUUGAACAUGUUAACAACACAGAUUUCAAGCAGUUGUAUCAGACCUUAACGGACUACGACAUAAGAUUCUACAUGUACGAGAUCCUAAAGGCUCUGGAUUAUUGCCACAGCAUGGGCAUCAUGCACAGGGAUGUCAAACCCCACAAUGUGAUGAUUGACCAUGAGCACAGGAAGUUGAGGCUUAUCGACUGGGGACUGGCUGAGUUCUACCACCCUGGGCAGGAGUACAAUGUGAGGGUCGCCUCUCGCUACUUCAAAGGCCCGGAGCUCCUUGUAGACUAUCAGAUGUAUGACUACAGUCUGGAUAUGUGGAGUCUGGGCUGCAUGCUGGCGAGUAUGAUCUUCAGAAAGGAGCCCUUCUUCCAUGGCCACGACAACUACGACCAGCUGGUGAGAAUAGCUAAAGUCCUGGGGACUGAAGACCUCUACGAUUACAUUGACAAGUACAAUAUAGAACUGGAGCCUCGGUUCAAUGACAUUUUAGGAAGGCACUCUCGCAAGCGAUGGGAGCGCUUCGUUCACAGCGAGAACCAGCAUCUGGUCAGCCCUGAGGCCCUGGACUUCCUGGACAAGCUGCUGAGAUACGACCACCAGGCGCGGCUGACGGCUCGCGAGGCGAUGGAGCACCCUUACUUCUAUCCUAUUGUAAAAGACCAGUCUCGAAUGGGAGGGUCAGCCAACAUGCCCAGUGGCAACACACCUGUGAGCUCAGCCAACAUGAUGUCAGGGAUUUCUGCGAUGCCAACUUCCUCUCCCCUCGGUCCUCUGGCUGGCUCUCCGGUCAUUUCUGCCACCAACACCUUGGGCACACCAGUGCCGGCUGCAGCUGGUGCCCAGCAGUGAUGUCACUUCCCUUUGACCUCUGACCCCGGCUGGAGUGGCGGUUGCCUUCUGACCCCUUUUUAACUGGGUUGAUUGCUGAAGAGGUCCAGGAAUGCCACCUCUGAACGGUUUUGCUUGUGGAUUUCUAAGUUCAAUGAACCCAAACUAAGUAAAUGGAUGAAUUUUCUUUUUUGUAUAUUUUUUUGUAUGUCCUAGAUAUACAGAUAUUCCAUGCGUUUGACAGUUGGUAAUAAAUCUUGUGUGUGUGUAUAUUUAAAUAAAUGCAUAUACACACAAGCACUCAUACACCUGUGUGUGUAUUUACAGGGCUAGCACAAAAUAGAGUGAUACAUGCAUGGACGUACAGCAUUACCUUCAAAUCCAGGUGCAUUGUGACACAGAUUACACACGACAAGUCAAAACAUGCAAAAAAAAUUAAACCAUCAGGACCACAAGAGGCAGAGCAGCUUACCCUCGAAGUGCAAUUGAAACGAAACCUCGUAGGGCCACCUGCAGUGCUUCACCACAUACCAGUUCAAACCUAAACAUGCUCAUCCUGGAACAAAAAACUCUUUAUCAUCGCUCCUAGGAAGAGAAGGGACAGUAUGACCCAUGCAAAGAUGAGCAUCCGCCGCCCGCCAUCUCAAAACACGCUGCUUUUAUAAGUGGAGAGAUCCGAGGCUCGUGUCUGAGAGAGUCCACUCCUUGACUGUUCUGCCCAAGCCCAGCACACAGUCUCACAGAGCCGGUCACCUCUGUGAUAUCUCAGUCUCGCUGACCACUCUCCUUAAACGACGUCCACAUGGCCAGCAGGCAUGUGGUGGCACGGACACCCACACCUCACCUUGGCCUUGUAAAUCUGAACCACGAUGAGUAAUUUAACGACAGUACUAUCUUGUCAUCUGAAGCUUCUUCUAAGCCAUCUUAAGCCAAGCCAUCUGUCAGAUCCUUUUGUGUUGCAAAGCACACCUCUUUACUCUGCUGCUCUCAUCAGUCACUUAAAUUCGCUCUAGUAGCAUAACCAAAGCCAAUACUGGAUUACUUGGGAAAAACAAAGAUGACCAAAAUGCUUUUUUUUAAAACAAAAAUAAAAACUGGUACUGUCUUUAAAAUGCUUUAAACUUCCACUGUUAACGGUAUGGACAUCCUGUAGAUAGUUUUAACUUUGAGAGAGGAGAAAAAUAACAGCACAAGGGUUAUUAUUCGGAGUGCUUAAAAAAAAGUUUUCUGUCGCAUCUGCUCUUAAAACCAGAAGAAAGUGUCUGGAAUCCUCAUAACGAAAUGUUCCUAAUAAUCCUUACUGUUCUUCUGGCAGAUGUGAUAUAGGGUGAAACGGUUCUAGAUUUGUUUAGUUUGUAUCAGGGUUUUUGUUUUUCACAAACUGUCACUUAAUGCAAUAUUGAAGGACACGUCUAAGAUGAACUUGAAGGGUUGAAAUUUUUCUGCCUUUAGUGCCAUUGAUGCGAAUCUUGUAAACAAAUAGUCUUGUAAGCUUAGACUUGGCUGUAAAUAUGCAUUUGCAACUUUUAUUUUCCCCUUUUGAGAUCUUGAAACAUGCGAAUCCUUAAUAAUACACUGCAGUUAUGAAGAUGUUUGAGCCCUUACCAUUACUGUAUAUAUAUUUUUGUCCUCUUAUGUGGAAGACCAGUAUUUGAGACUAUUUGUGUAAAUAAACAGUUGUGUUUUAUUUAUCAAGGGUA